AGGCCUACGGUAUUCUACUAUUUGAGUCCAUUCAAAGCCGAGUUUAGAAGUUGAAUUGAUCAGUUUUCAGUUGGAUGACAAUUUAAAGAUCAAGGAGAACUUGGUUUCAAAUGGCUUAAAAGCCAAAUUAUCUGCCCCUAAUAGCUGCACAUUGUAAAUAUUCGGAGUGAACCACAGCUCACCAGACGGGUGGGGUGUGAGUGGUGGCGAUAAGCCUAGAGAGCGGGACAGAAUCUUCAUGAGCUUGACCAGACCCAUGCCUACACAGUGGUAGAAGUGGUAAAAACCUCUCAUAGACAUGGAUGUUGAUGUUGAUGACAGCAGCCCAAUACCCCCUCCUGCCAAGAAGCACAAAAAACAUAAGAAAAAACACAAACACAAGAAGGACAUUGAGGCCAGCAGUCAUGAAAGCAACAGCACCUUGAUGUCACCCAAAACAUCCAUCAAACUUAAACUCAAGAUUGGGAAAGAAACUAUGGGUACAAAGAAUGUCAUGUCUAUCGUCAAAUCAAAUGAGACUAAUGAAGGUACCAAGGAAGUCAAAUCCUCCAAGAAAAAUGUGAACAACUCUGAUGAUGAUAUAUCGGAUGAAGAAAAGUGGCUGGAUGCCCUGGAGAAAGGAAACCUGGACAGUUACAGUGAGCUUGCCAAGAAGGAUCCCUCGCUACUUACAGCCAGACAGAAAGCUUUGCUACAUGGAAGUCAACAGGAUGAAUUAUUACAGCUGCCAUCUGGCUACAAAACAGUUGAGCUCACAGACGAGCAGAAGAAAAAACGCCAGGAGAAAGCCAAAAGGAGACGGCAGCAGGCAAAUGAAAAAAUGGAAAAUGACAAAAAUCAGACUGUCCAUAAACUACUUAAAAAACAAGACAGCAAGAACAAAAGAGCUGGAAAGCCUCGUGGAGGUAAACGAAGUACAGCACCACGCAUUGUAUACAGAAACAGAUUAGAUGGAAUCUACAUUCACCUACCCCCUGAUGUCCCGUUUCCUUUAACUCCACAACAAGCACCUCCGUACCCAGAACCAAAACUAUGUGGGGUCAAUGGCUGCACCAAUCUCAGGACAUCCAUCUGUUCCAAGACCAACAUUCCUGUUUGUAGCUUAGAGUGUUAUAAGCUGAAUCUGGAGAACUGGAAAACUCAUCCCGUUGUGGAAGAUAAACCUGAUGUGGUUCAGUAACUGGUGACUGAUGGGACGACGUAGUCGAGUGCUCGACUCCUAGCCCCAAAGUCUCGUUCAGAUCUAAGUCUAGACAGACGGCAGGAUGUCCCUGAGUUUACCUUGCUUGGAAAGGUAUCUGACUCAUGUUAGGAAAAGUAGAGGCAGCUGGACUUAGUGCUGACCACACCAUCCCUUCAUAUCGAGGUCAAGAAACAUGAACUGUACAUGUUCAUCUGCCUUAGGUAUUGUUAAGUCUGAAAUCGGACCUUUAUUCACUUACCCUUAUUUUGUGACUCCCUGUAAUUUGAGAGAAACUAUAAAUUUUGAAUCUUUGCUAAGUGUGAUCAAGGGCAUGCUGAUAUUGUUUCCACUCUUGGCUAACCCACUGUAAGAUUGGUCUUAAUCAUUAGAUAAUUAAGCCUUGCUAAUUAUAAAUAUGGUUUAUUUUAUUAUAUUAUACUGCCACAUCCACAACAAUGUAUUUUCAAGUACAUUAUUUAAAAUGUUUGGUGAACAUGAUUGAUACUUUUGUGUGCACCAAAGGUUGUGUGGCUUCACCUAACAAGCAUGUAAUAACUUCAAUCUAUCAACAGAAUUUGCUAAUUAAGUUAUUGAUGUUUGAUAAUCUGACCAGUAGUCUGCCCAAUUGACAGACUAGAGAUAUGUACUCGACAAAUUAAAAAUUAGUUUCUCCCCUAGUUUUGGGGUGCGGUUGACCUGCCAACAUACUGUACAUUUCUAAUGGACUUCCUUGGUUACUGUACAAAUGGUACAUUGUAAUUGAACAAUGUUGUUUUAAUAUAGAACAUUAAAAGAUUUUUUUUUGCUGAACCAACGUAACACUGUUAGGUAUUUGUUCACAUUAUUUUAAACUUUAGGAAUGUGUUAUUUUGUUCCUUUUGGAAUAACAUGGAAAAAAAAGUUGCUCCCCUGCUAAGCCAGAGAAAAAGUUACAACUGUAUAACAGAUCCAGUCCAAAGUUUUUUGUUUAAAUCUCCAAGUAAUACGAAAUCAUAAAGUUAAUUAAAAGUAUGCACUUAAGUGCAUAUGUCAUGUGUAUAUAUAAAUAAAUAUAUAUAUGUAUGUAACUUAUCUUUCACAUUAUUUUAUAUAAAAAAAAUCAGCAAUGUUAAUAAAUUCACAUAUUCAAUGUUAGAAAAUGUAUAAUCACCUGUAGAAAUAAGUUUUUAGAAUGUUUUGUUUCUCCAGAUGUUUUCAAAAUUCUCAACAUUUGUGUAUAUCUUGUUGAUUUGCAGCUUACAUAAUAUUGUUCAUUCAUUGAUAGGGUAAUUCAUUUAUAGGAUAAUAAAGAAGACAAUU